AUGGGUGUGGUUGCAAACGCCAACGGGAAUUGGUGGCAAAAGACGGCGGAGGAUCUCGUAAAUGUGGCAAAGGUUGCUGGCAAAAUUGUAAAGUUGGUUUUGAAACAAUCCAUUGAACCGGAUCGAUUGGAUUUCGUUGCGUAUUAUGAUGAAACAUAUUCGGCUAAAAAAUUCCAUGAUCAUCUUGAUUCAUUCAAAGCGUUCGGUGGAAUACAAAUGACAUGUGACAUUUAUCAGGAGACGCCGCGUGUAGAAUGA